AUGCAACCUCCGUACCCUAAGUGGUAUGACGCAAGCGUUCAAUGCGAGUAUCACGCGGGGACCAAGGGGCACUUAAUUGAAAACUGCACUGCAUUCAAGAAGUUAGUUGAAAGACUUAUCAAUUUGGGGAUCGUAAAGAUAGGUGACUCAUCAGGACCGAAUGUAGCAGAGAAUCCAUUGCCCAACCAUGAUAAUAAAGGGGUGAAUGCGAUAAUUGAGUAUGGAGGAAGGAGAGUCAAAGCCAACAUAGCAGAGAUAAAGACCCCCCUUGAAUGGGUUUGGAAACAAAUGAUGAAAAGAGGUCUCAUCAAGCAAGGUUCAAUAGAAAGGCCUGAAGGAGCAAGGAAGUUUUGUGAAUUCCAUGCAGAAGAAAGCCAUGACAUCCAAGAAUGCACCGAGUUCAGAACCAUGGUGCAAAACUUAAUGGAUAAAAAAGAAUUGGAGUUUUAUGAAGAGAUUAAGGGACUAGAAGAAGGAGAGGUUUAUGCUACAGAAGAAGGAUCUACGGGGAAAGCCCAAAAGGCUAAUUACCCGGUGGUGAUUAUUUCAAAACCAAUGAGCAGAGAAUCUGGUAUACAAAUAGCACCAAAGGUCAUAAUCCAAAAACCUGUAUCCUUUCCCUACAAGGAUAGCAAAAAGGUUCCUUGGAAUUACGACUGCGAUGUAACAAUCCCAGGAGAAGAGAGCUUGGUAAAUGCUUCAGGAGAGGAUGAAGGAUUCUAUACACGAAGUGGAAAACGCUAUGAUCCGGAAAAUGCUAGAGUGGAAUCUGGAAAAGGAAAAGCCUUAGCGGUUGAAUUGGGAAAAACAAAAGCAGACAAAAUUGAGCCGCGUGUCAAUCAGUCGGUAACUGAAAAUGAGGCGAAAGAAUUUCUAAAAUUCUUAAAACAUAGCGAGUACAGCGUGGCAGAACAAUUACAUAAGCAACCGGCUCGUAUCUCGGUGCUUGAAUUGCUUCUAAGUUCAGAGGUACAUCGUAAUGCGUUGAUUAAGGUGCUAAAUGAAACUUAUGUCGCUAGUGAUAUCUCAGUGAAUAAGUUGGACCGUUUGGUUAACAAUAUCAGUGCCGACAAUUUCAUUUUCUUUAAUGAUGAUGAAAUACCGCCGGGGGGAAGAGGAGCCACCAAAGCAUUACAUAUCACUGCUCGCUGCGGGGAGUAUACGUUAGCGGGAGUGCUAAUUGAUAAUGGAUCAGCCUUGAAUGUUUUACCCCUAUCUACCUUAAAUAGGUUACCGGUGGAUAGUUCCCACAUGAAAUCAUGCCAGAAUGUAGUGAGAGCAUUUGAUGGCACCGAAUGA